UUUUCCCGAGCCCCGCGUCAUUCGGUCAUUUCCUGAUUUCAAUCAGACGAUCUCCACUUCUGUGAAGAAACGUCUCGGGCCAGCUGACGACAUAGUUAACCCUGGGCUCGUUAAAGGUUUGUUUCUUUACAAUGUCACCGGACGGGACGGCAGCCGGGGACCGCGUGUAGCUGGGCUUCACCCUUCAAUGCAGUCAAACCCGAAACCUGGAUGGCCUUCGACCAGUAACUCGGGAAAUAACGGAAACUGGAAUAACACUAUGGAUGCCUCUCAGUAUCCAGGUUAUCCUUCACACUACUGGUAUCAGCAGCCUCAGUCCACUGGGCACUAUGCAAAUACCUAUCCCUCGGGGUCAGACGUUCAGCCACAGUACAAUCCACAGGUAAUGCCGAGAGGGUAUCAAAAUGGCCACGGAGUCUAUAGCCCCGCACAGGGUCAAUAUCCGACAAGUGGUUUUCACCCAUCCAACCCCUUCUACUGUGCUGACCCUCAAAGACCUUCUCCGGGUUCAUAUCCCACCCAAGGCUGUCCUGUAGAACAGACUGGUGGCCCAUCUGGGCAGCCACACUCGCAGCACCAACAUCCUCACUAUUCCGGUCCACACUGUCAAGGGGGUCCUGGAUAUCAUCCUGGACCGUACUCGCACUAUAGUGAAGGUGGACAUGCGAUGCCUCCAAAUCCCCAGUACCCCACUGGCCAGUCUCUGCAUCCCAGCCCUCAAAGUGAUGCCUGGGCUCACCCUAGCCCAUAUGCCCCGUCACAGCAGCAGUGGCAGCCAGGCCAGCCGGCCCCUCAAAACCCCUAUGGAAGUCAUGUCCGUCCACCCCAUCCUCCAGCAUGGCCAGGGACUGGAACUGGGGCUCCACCCCCUUAUCAACCCAAGGACCAGCAGCACCAGCGUGCUCCACAGGUUGGACCUAAACCCAGGCCAGCGACCUCUCCAAAUCCCCCCAAUGGAAGGCCUUCUGAGAUAAGCUCACCUCCCCAAAUGUACAGCAACACUGGUAGAGGAGAUCCCAAAGUUUCACCAGCUGAGCCCCCUCCCUCUGCCCCAGCUCAUGCUCCAGCACCAUCUGCAGGUCAGGCUGCGCCCCAGCCUCUGAGUGAUAAUCCCAGUCUUGCUAAGGUCCAGCAGGUAAUGGCCAGAGUUCAGCUGCUUCAGGAGGAUGUUGAUGAGUUUGUUGGCAGAAAAGCAGACAAGAGUUACCGGUGUUUGGAAGAACUGCUGACCAAAGAGCUGCUGGAGCUGGACUCUGUGGAGACUCAGGGACAGGAGAUCGUCCGGCAAGCCAGAAAGGUGGCCGUUCAGAGAAUCCAGAUCAUUCUGGACCAGCUGGAGAAGAAAGCCUUCUGAACUGGACUUUAUUUGUUUGCUUGUGGAUUUCUAAGUCUUGUUUUCCUCAUUCAAAACUUCCAUGGACCAAUCAAGUGUACAGUCUCAUUUUGCAGAGCUGUAAUGUAAGGGUUUGUUUUACUCAUCACCAUGUUAUUGUGAUCCUAGAAAUAAGUGACAUAGACCCAAGAACAAGGUGGAAGUAAGCUGUAACUUGGCUGGCAUUAGAACAUGAAGGCUGAUAGUUGAUUAUAAAUCUUGAGGUUUGGAUUCCAGGAGUAACUGUGCUGGCUCCACAGCCAGACAUGUUUUAUCUUCUUCUCUUUUCUGUUAUGCCUUUGCCAGCCCAGUAAAUGCUGUCACUGGAAGGUGGGUUUACUUGGUUCCACAAUACAGCCGUUUGUGGACCCAAUCUCCUCAUUCAGAUUAUCAUCACGCUGCACGUCGGGAUUGUGGGUUCGUUCUAGUCUGCUUCUACAUGUAACAAUACAUCCGCUUCCCUGACCGUCCGCUUAACAUGUCGGCCUAUUUGCUUGAUCUUAUCCUCGACUGCAAUUGGUUUAUUUGGCACCUAGUUUCCCAUAGUCUCUUACCUCUCCACGUCCCUGCAUUAGUUUGUGCAGUGUUUCACUUGUGCUUCCAGCCUUGCAUGCACUGUAAUAUCAGAUAAGCACUCAGUACAGUCAGAACGUCUCAGAGCCCAUUAAUAAGCCCAGACUGUAGCAGAUUAGUGAAAACUCCCUAAAGAUUGCUGCCCCCAUUAUUCCAUCUUCUGGAUGAAACUGCUUUCUAAGUGCAGACCUAGAAUCAGACCUACAUAUGAAUGCCAUGUAUUUUGCUGUAGAAACUAUUCUUACAGAUAGGUAAGAACAUGGUUAAGAAUUUCUUUAGUUUGUUGAUUUUUCUGUCCAUCUUUGUACACUUAAUAUGAAGAAGGGAUUAAACUUUACCAUUUUCAGUAAAGUUUUCUGCUCAAGGACACUGUUGGCCACAGCAGUUUGAUCCAAGUUUUGACCUUGUUUGUGUUUAACCAAACCGAGUGUGCACCCUAGUUCACUGUCUUGUGUAUAGCCACGAUUUUCGUUCAGGUUUUUCUGUGUUGAUUUAGUAAAAAAAGAAAACAAAAAGUGCCAUAUGUCAGAAGAUGGUUUUAUAUGACCAGAUGAAAAAAAAUAUUAAAAAUGACACCAAAAACUUUGCAUGAAAACUAACUUCUGUCAUGUGUUCAUUUGAAAUUUGCUGCUUCAGGGUGUAGAGGCAUGUUUCCAUGACUAAAUUGAAUCAUUGUUAGAUUGUUAAAUCUAUUUUUUAAGAUGAUGUUAAAAAGCUUUAUUUUCUAUAUAUUUAGGUGGUCAAGGUGAAAUAUGGGCAGGCUCUGCCAGCCAGCAGUCAGAUCUUUAAAUAGGCUGCUAUUUUGAUUCAAAAGCAUAACCCAUGCCCCUGACAGCGUGAGGCACACAGGCUGGAUUUAAUUUGAGGGUCAAAUGGCAGACAACUGUCAGAACACAUAGUGUUAGCAGUGAAUUAAUCAACGCUGAAGAGGGCUGAGGCUAAAAUCAGUUGCGAUAUUCCCUUUCUUCCUUUUGACACUUGCCACAGAGGCCUUGAUAGGGAGCUAUCCUCUUUCAGAUUGGAAUAGACAAAACUACUACGUUGCAUAGCAGGAGGACCUGAGCCAGAAAAGGAAAAUGUCGUACACAUCUAAACUCCCUGCGUCCUGGAACGAUGAACGGCCGCCUCGGAAAGUGGAGAUUGAUCUGAGUUCACCCGGAUUAGCUGUGUUUGAGCUGGAAAAGCUGUUGUUCACCGGCAAAGCCAUUAUCAGUCAUGCAGACGAGGUGUGGCCGAGGCUUUACAUUGGAGACCAACACAGUGCAGAGAACCUGGCCGAUCUCUCAGUGCAUCGAUUCACACACAUCCUGAAUGCCGCUCACAGUACACGAAGAGGACAGCCAGAUAUCUAUGAGGGAAUGGCCAUCGCCUACAUGGGCAUAGAGGCCCGCGACUCCUGUGAUUUUGACAUGAGUGUUAACUUUCAGAUGGCAGCAGACUUUAUCCAGCGUGCCUUAGGCAGAGGAGGCAAAGUUCUCGUUCACUGUCAUGUGGGAGUGAGCCGAUCUGCCACCCUGGUUCUGGCCUACCUGAUGCUGAAGCAGAAUCUGACUCUUGUGGAAGCUAUUUGUGCGGUGAAAAACAACCGGGGUGUGAUCCCUAACCGGGGUUUCCUGCGACAGCUCAUCAAGCUGGAUGGGCAGAUAUUUGGCAAACAUCAUCCUUUCUUAUAAUCCUACCAGUCAGCAUUUCUGGGUUCUAAAUACAAGGUUUCUUAGGACAUUCCACAAAUGCAAAUAAUUAAUCAAUUAAUUAUUUGGAUCAUACGUCAUCAUACAUGAUUAAAAAACGUCAUAGCAUGCUUUGAAUUUUAAAAAUACUAUAAAUAUUUUUGAUAUGUGUGGUUCUGAAUUUUGAAUAAAGGCUCUCACACGUCAUUGUAUAUCGGUAAAGGCAAAAAAUAAACCUCUUAUUCUUAAGUGAUGUUUCACUGUGUUGUGUUUUACAUCAAAUUUGACUUAAUUUUUUCAAGGACUCUCUUUUUUAGUAUUUGACCCCAAAAGAAAUCAGGGACGUUGAAAGCGUUUGUUUUGAAGUAUAAAGGGAUUGCUGUCUGAUCAAAUUGUUCCUAAGAACUAAUGUAAUAAUAAUCUAUGGGAUAACUUUUAGAGCCUGUAUUAGUUUUACAUUAAUAAAAACAGUCGAAAGGGUUUAAACUUUUGGUUAAAAUAAGAUAUAGACUAAUUUAAUUGCC